UUUCCGCUCUUUAAUUAUUGUAAUCUUCAUCCGACCGUUGCAGAUUUUGAAUCAGAAUCUAAAAAUUUGACAUUUUCACGUUGGCUGCAAUGUUUGUUGGCAAUUUCACACUGUCAAAUUGUUUACAAACGAGGCAGCGAACGUGCCCUCAACACUUUUACCUGGUUUUCGAAGGAAAUACCGAGGAAAAUGCGAUACGCACAGCUGGUGAUGGGUCCUGCGGGAUGUGGAAAGUCCACUUACUGUGCCACAAUGCAGAGACAUGCCACAGAUUCCAAGAGAGUGAUAAACAUUGUGAAUCUGGAUCCUGCGGCAGAAGUCUUUGAUUACCAGCCACUGGCGGACAUUAGGGACUUGAUUAACGUCGAGGACACCAUGGAGGAUGAGGAGCUGCACUAUGGCCCGAACGGAGGGCUUGUCUUCUGCUUGGAGUACCUCGUGAAGAACCCAGAUUGGCUGAAGGAUCAACUCUGCGGCGGAUCGGAUGACGACAACGAGGGAGAGCCGGACGAUGACUACAUCAUAUUCGACAUGCCCGGUCAGAUUGAGCUGUACACACACUUGUCAGUGGGCAAAGACCUCGUGAGACUGCUGACAUCCUGGAACUUUCAGGUGUGCAGUGUUUUCCUGCUCGAUUCCCAGUUCAUGAUUGACGGCGCGAAGUACAUCUCCGGAACGAUGGCAGCUCUCAGCGUGAUGGUGAACAUUGAGGUGCCGCACGUGAAUAUCCUGAGUAAGAUGGAUCUGCUCAGCAAGAGCGCCCGGAAGCAGCUGGACAGAUACUUGGAACCCGACCCAAUGACACUCCUCAGCGAGGUGAACAGCGAAUCUGCCUGGGGACGGAAGCACGAGAAGCUGUCAGAAGCCAUUGGGAGUCUGAUUGAUUCCUUCAGUCUCGUGAGAUUCAUGCCGCUGGACAUCAGCGACGAGGAGAGCGUGAACGAAGUGCUAAUGAUUGUGGACAAUGUGAUUCAGUUCGGAGAGGAUUUUGAUGUGAAAACGAGGGACUUCGAAGGGGAAGAUCCGGAUGCUGAGGAAGAGUGAAGAUUGGCCACUAUGCCUCUGAUUUAUUUGCUCUUGGAGAUUUUGUCGAAUAAAUAGUCAGGUGAAA